AUGGAGAAAACGUCCCCAUCCAAACAGGAGACAAUAAACCGACAUGAAGCUCAGAGUCCCAGCAGCUGCAAAAAACUCAAAAUGACUUUAACCCACAACAUUAAAGAUGUCACAACGGCGUUUGUCCUCCGAACAAAAGUCCACGGGCUAAAACAUGCAUUCUCGCCACACAAAUCCAAAACCCAGCGCUUGUUUUGGCUGCUGGCCCUGUUGGUGUGUCUGGGGCUGCUCUUCACAUGGUCUUGGAACCGGAUUUUGUAUCUGCUUUCCUACCCAGCCGUGACUAAGAUCUACAUGGUUUGGUCUAACAACAUGACCUUUCCGGCCGUCACGUUCUGCAACCAGAACCGGCUGCGAGUGUCCAGCCUGACCAGAUAUGAUCUGUAUUACAGUGGCUACUGGAUGGACAUCCUACAUCUGAACCACACGCUGAACCGGCAGAGCGUUUCAAUGCUCAAACACAGCCGCCAUCGAGAGCGCCUGCUGCAUCUGCUGGACUUCAGCCACUACAGCCCGCCUCCCGACCAAUCGUUAAACACCACAGAGAUGAUUGACAGGCUGGGCCACCAAUUACAAGACAUGCUGCUGGAGUGCAGGUUCCGUGGAGAAAACUGCACCUACAAGAACUUCACACCUAUCUACACAAGAUAUGGGAAAUGCUACACGUUCAACUCUGGUCUUGAUGGAAACCCACUGUUGACCACUUUAAAAGGAGGAACAGGAAAUGGACUGGAAAUCAUGCUGGAUAUUCAACAGGAUGAGUACUUACCGGUUUGGGGUGACACAGACGAGACCUCGUAUGAAGCAGGGAUCAAAGUUCAGAUCCACAGUCAGGAUGAGCCGCCAUUCAUUGACCAGCUGGGGUUUGGUGUGGCUCCUGGCUUUCAGACUUUUGUGUCUUGUCAACAGCAGCUGCUGCUGUAUCUUCCUCCGCCGUGGGGCGACUGCAGAUCCGCACCAAUGGACUCAGAGUAUUUCUCCACUUACAGCAUCACAGCCUGCCGGAUCGACUGCGAGACUCGAUACCUGCUGGAGAACUGCAACUGCAGGAUGGUGCACAUGCCAGGCACCUCAACCGUCUGCACACCUGAGCAGUACAAAGACUGUGCCGAUCCAGCUUUAGAUUUUCUGGUGGAGAAGGACAAUGAUUACUGUGUGUGUGAUACGCCGUGCAACAUGACUCGAUACGGUAAAGAGCUGUCUAUGGUGAAGAUCCCCAGCAAAGCCUCUGCCAAAUACCUGGCCAAGAAAUUCAACAAAACAGAGCAGUACAUCACGGACAACAUACUGGUGCUGGAUAUCUUUUUUGAGGCUCUGAAUUAUGAGAAAAUUGAACAAAAGAAAGCGUAUGAAGUCGCUGGAUUACUUGGUGAUAUUGGUGGUCAGAUGGGUCUGUUUAUAGGAGCCAGUGUCUUGACAAUAUUGGAGAUAUUUGAUUAUUUGUAUGAGGUUUUGAAGGAUAAAAUUCUGGGAUCUGUUCUACGCAAGAGACGACCACAUCGGAGCGCCAGUGACAAUCUGGAUUUCUCCGAGAAUCCCACCAGCCCUGGUGUUACGUCUAACCAUGUCCCCAGCUUUCAUGAUGGAGAUGAUGUUUUGCAGAAGUUCAGAGCACAUGCGACACACUCCGGAGUCACUCGGACAGCCUCGGAUUCGCGCCGAACGUGUUACCUUGUCACUCGACUGUAGGAAACUUCGAGGAGUUCGCCUGUUGAUGACGGAGAUUUAGGAUACGACGGAAAACUGUGAAAUAUAUAAAUAUAUAUGUGUGUACGGGAUAGACUCCAGAAGAAGUGUAAGUCUGCAGAAACGUAUGCUUCUGGUCAAAAUUUUGAAAUCAGUAGGAUUUUUUUAAAGAAAAGGGUUUCAAAUAAAGCGUAUUGGGUAACACUUUACAAUAAUGUUGCAUUAGUUAAUGUGAAUUAAUGCAUUUACUAGCAUAAACAAUGAGCAGUACAUUUACUACAGUAUUUGGUCAUGUUAGUUAACGUUAGCUAAUAAAAAUACAGUUUGUUGUUAGUUCGUUAACUGACAGUGCAUUAGUAAUGUUAACAAGCAUGAACUUGGAUGUUAAUGCAUUAGUAAAUGUUGAACUAUGAUUCAUAAAUGCUCUACAAGUAUUGUUCAUAAUUAGUUUAUGUUAGUAAAUGCAUUAUUGAUUGUAAAGUGUCACCUCGUAUUA